UGCACCCCAAACGCGUAGCUUGGUCCACGCUUCCCCACGAACUCACCGUUGCCGUACACCUGUGACGAUUCGAUAAAACGACCAGCGUUUCGAGAAAGAGAGAGAAAGACCCAAAGUUCUAGAGAGAGAAAGGGAGAGAGAGUGUGUGCGAGCGUGUGAGUGGGUUCGCGCGCGCGAGAUCUGAUCGGGAACAAGGUAAUCCAGCUUUCGAAACCCUACUCUGAAUCUGUCUCUCGUGAUUUUACGCUUCUGGUUAUUCGUUUCGGAGAAGGUUCUGAGCGAGCCCUAGGAAUUCUGGCGGUGGAAGGAAGCCCUAGGAGUUCUAGGGUUUUGUCUUGCCUUUGUUUUGUUUUUGUUUGUGUUUUUCCCCCUUUUUUGCGUGAUUCUUUGAUUUGUUGGUGUGUAAAACCCUAGGAUUUCGGGGAUUUGGGAUUGGUGUUAGGAUUAGGGUUUUGGAUGUAUGGCUUCGGGGCCUGUGGUUGGAGGAGAUGACGCGGCUAAAGAGAAACAGAGAUUUUCGGAGAGGAAGGUUUACACGAGGAGAGUGUUCAGAGGCCGUAAGAAAGACCCUAAUGCUGCGGACGAUUCUGCUUCCGCCCCUGAAAGUAGUAAAAUUGACAACGCUGCCGCCACUUCCACCGUCACGAAUGAGAACAGUAACAACAACAGCGCGGUGCAGAACAGCACCGCCGGGGAGGCCAAAAGCAAUAGUGAUAACGUUUCCACUCAGCCUCAGGCUCUGCAACAGGCUGUGCCAGAGGAUGGGAAUUUGGCUCAGCCACUAGUGGGUUCUAAAUUAGAGGAUGGGAAUUCGGCUCAGCCUCAAGUGGGUUCUAGAUUAGAGGAUGGGAAUUUGGCUCAGCUGCAAUUGGAGAAUCAGAAUAUGGUUCAGGUGCAAGUGGAUUCAGAAUUGGAGGAUGGGAAUACGACUCUGCCUCAAGUGGAGGAUCAGAAUAUGGCACAGAAGCAAGUAAGUCCAGUAUUGGAGGAUGGGAAUACUUCUCAGCCACAGUUGGAUGAUCAAAAUAUGGCACAGACGCAAGGGAGUUUAAGAUUGGAGGAUGGGAAUACAGUUCAGCCCCAGGUGAGUUCAGGGGCAGAGGAUGGGGAUACGACACAACCAAAUGUGAGUUUAAGGACUGGAGAUGAGAAUAUGGCUCAGCCACAAGUGAGUUCUAGAACUGGGGAUGAGAACAUGGCUCAGCCACAAGUGAGUUUAAGAACUGGGGACGAGAAUGUGGCUCAACCACAAGUGAGUUCAAGAUCAGAAGAUGGGAAUAUGUCUCAGCUGCAAGUGAGUUCAAAAUCAGAUGAUGGGAAUAUGUCUCAGAUGCAAGUGAGUUCAAGAUCAGAGGACGGGAAUAUGGCUCAGCUGCAAGUUAGUUCAAGAUCAGAGGAUGGGAAUAUGGCUCAGCUGCAAGUUAGUUCAAGAUCAGAGGAUGUGAAUAUGGCUCAGCCACAAGUCAGUUCACAAUUGGUAAAUAGAAAAUCCCCUCAGCCAGAAGUGAAUUCAAGAUUGGAGGAUGGGAAUUCACCUCAGCAGCAAGUGAAUUCAAGAUUGGAGGAUGGGGUUUUACCUCAGUCACAGAUGAAUUCAAUGUUGGAUGGGGAUACGGUUCAGCCUCAUGUAGUGUUGGUUUCUGAUGAUUCAUGCAUCCGGCAGCAGGAUGAACCUUCUAGCCUCCAUGUUCAGCAGGAGGAUGAUGGACCUUCAAGCCCCAGCCCUCAUAUGGAGGCAGUUCCUAGCACCCGACAUCUAACAUUGGUGAAUGGGGAUGUUGAGCGACGACAGAGGGAUCGAAUCAAGAUAAACUUGGCCUCAAAAUCAAAGCAGGAGAUGCGGGAGCUUCGGUGGAAGCUUGAAAAUGAGCUUGAUGUUGUGAGAAGUUUGGUUAAUAGGAUUGAAGUGAAGCAAAGGCAAGUUGGUGGAUAUGGCAACUCAAAUGUGCUAGUGGGUGGUGGGAUUGAUAAUGUGGGUGGAGCAAAGCGUGCUCACUCAGAGGUGGCUUCUGCUGGUGUUCCACGACAACUUGCCAGGCCUUUGCACCAGUUAAGUUUGUCAAUGUUGGAGAAUAGUCAAGGAAUCGGUGAAACUGUUGAGAAGGAGAAGAGAACACCUAAAGCAAACCAAUUUUAUCGUAACUCAGAGUUCUUGCUUGCAAAAGAUAAAUUUCCACCAGUGGAGAGUAACAAGAAGUCAAAAUUGAAUUGGAAGAAGCAAGGUGGGGGAGAAAUGGGACUUGGUUUUGGGAUGGGAUCUAAGCUUUUCAAAAGCUGUAGUUCACUGCUUGAAAAGUUGAUGAAACACAAGCAUGGUUGGGUGUUUAAUGCUCCUGUUGAUGUUGAGGGUCUUGGUUUGCAUGAUUAUUUUACUAUCAUUACUCAUCCAAUGGACUUGGGAACUGUGAAGUCAAGGCUGAAUAAGAAUUGGUACAAAUCACCAAAGGAAUUUGCUGAGGAUGUGAGACUCACUUUUCGUAAUGCCAUGACAUAUAAUCCAAAGGGACAAGAUGUUCAUGUAAUGGCAGAGCAGUUAUCAGAGAUGUUUGAGAACAGAUGGGUUAUAAUUGAGUCAGAGUACAAUCGGGAGACAAGAUAUGGCUUUGAUUAUGGGGCAGCUCCCCAUGCACCUUCGCCAUUGUCAAGAAGGGUUUCUGCUUUUACACCACCACCUCUUGAUAUGAGAAGGAUUUUGGAUAGAUCAGAAUCAUUGAUAAGGACUCAAAAACCCAUGAGCAUUACUCCAUCAAGUAGAACCCCAGCUCCAAAAAAGCCAAAGGCAAAAGAUCCUCAUAAAAGAGACAUGACGUUUGAUGAAAAGCAAAAACUAAGCACUAAUCUUCAGAGUUUACCUUCAGAAAAGCUUGAUGCUAUUGUACAAAUCAUCAAGAAGAGAAAUUCAGCACUUAAUCAACAUGAUGAUGAAAUUGAAGUGGACAUUGAUAGUGUGGAUGCUGAGACUCUCUGGGAGCUUGAUAGAUUUGUGACCAACUAUAAGAAAAGUUUGAGCAAAAAUAAGAGGAAGGCUGAACUUGCUCGAGCUAGAGCGGAAGCUUUGCAGCAGAAUGCCAUUCAGAAGAGCCAGGCACCAGCUAUGGUGGAGAUUCCAAAAGAAACACAAACAGAAGAAAGAAAUGUUCCCCAAUCGUUUCCUGUGCAAGGGGGUAAUCAAACAGAUAAUGGGAGUAGGUCAAGCAGUUCAAGCAGCUCCAGCAGUGAUUCUGGAUCUUCUUCGAGUGAUUCUGAUAGUGACAGUUCCUCAGCAUCUGGGUCUGAUGCAGGGUCGCAAGGGACCUGAAUAUGCCGUGUCAGAUCUCAGAUAUUUAGAGUAGAUAGUGUCGUGACGCUUGCCUAGUUUGGAUUUUUUGAAGCUUCCGGAUUAUGGAUUUUAAUUUUGACAGCUGAAUUAUAGAGGAAGCAUUCUGAAGGCCACCGGUGAGGUUACUGAUGCAGCGUGGGAUAUUUUUUCCCCAUUUGUUGGAAGUGGCCUUGUUGAAACACUAGACACGAUUUCUUGUAUAAUAUUUGGUAGAAUGUGAUGAUAGUUAGGUAGCUAGUUUUCCGUAGCAUGUGUACAUUGCUAACUACUGCUGCGCAUUGAGUUCCAUUGAUAACAUGUUCUUUAGUUUUGUGCUAGCAGGAUCUUGGUGCCAUACGAAGAUAAUAUGUAAUUCCUUGUUUAAAAUCUCAUUCCAUGUAUUUUACAAUUGUGAAAAUGCAAGGGAGAAUCUAAUCUUCACUUAUCUUUGUAUCUAAUGACUACCUCAGGUGGUUUCAAGUGAUGAGACCCUUCUUGACUUUCAAACUA